AUGGGGUGUGGACCGUCUAAGCCUGACGACGAAGAUCUAGAGAAACUGCUGAAAAGGGAUAAAGUCAUCAUCUUCACCAAGUCUACGUGUCCGUACAGCGAUUUCGUCAAACACAUGGUGAACGAGACGGGCGUGAGUUACAAAGUCAUAGAGGUCGACGGUAACGAUGUCCAACCGGAGACGCUAAUGAAGCUCAUUAAGUUCACCAAGAACAAGACGGUGCCCCAGGUCUUCGUCAACGGGACGUACGUCGGCGGCAUGCUGAAGAUAGACAAGCUGCGGGACCGCGGGACGCUCGGCCCUGUCCUCAAAGGUGAAAAAAAACCCGGCUGGUGCUGA